GGGCGCGCGCUCCCUGGCUUGCGGGGCGGCCGGCGGAUCCCCGGGCGGGCCGGGAUGGCGCCACCUCCGCCUUCGCCCCAGCUACUUCUCCUGGCAGCCCUUGCGGGGCUCCUAGGUCCCAGUGAGGUGGUGGCUGAGCCGGAGGAGGAAGCGGGAGCCGGUUGUCCCGAGGGCCUGUGGCCUCUGCCCCCGCAGGUGUCGCCCAGAGUGACUUACGCGCGGAGGAGCCGAUGGCCGGCCGAGGAUGUCAGCUUCCUGUACCACCCCUGCGUGCACCCCUGGCUGAAGCUCCAGCUUGCCCUCCUGGCCCGCGUUUGUGUGGCCCAGCCCUCGCUGGCCCCUGACUCUAGCCUUACUCAGGAGCGGCCCCUGGUGCUGGCAGCAUGGGGGGUGGUGCUGGAGAUGGCGUGGAUAGAGCCGGCCUGGGCUGCCCACCUGCUGAAGAGGAGGCGGCGGUGGAGACAGAGGAAGGAGAAGGCAUGGCUCUGCUCUGAUGGCCUUUCUGGGUCCUUGGUGCCAAGGCCAGGUAGAGGGAGGCUGUGCUGGAGAGGGUGUGUGCAGGCUCCAGCCUUGGCCUUUACUCUGCGGAGCUGGCGGCCCCCCGGUGCAGAGGAGGCAACUAGGGGGUCCAGGCCCCUCCCUCCUGGCGGUGCCAAGAGGCGUGGGCUGCGGGCUGCCCUGGGUCUCCAGCCCACCCCCUCGGGCCUGAGGUUCCCCUCUGCUUCCCCUCGGAGCUUGGAGGCCAGGCAGCCCAUGUUGGCAGCUCGGGGUAAGGGGGGUGAUGCGCCACCUGUGCCCACUCUCCGCUUGCUGCCUGAGGGGCUUGGAGGCAAUGCCAGCUCCAGGCUGGAGGCUCAAGUGUCCAAAGGGCAAAGCAGCCCAGGGGGCUGCACCUGUCCAGCGGAGGCUUCCCCAGCCCCUCGGGCAGCGGCGCCUCCCGUGCCUCCGCGGGUGGCCCGGGGCCCCACCCCGCGCACGGAGGAGGCUGCUUGGGCUGCCAUGGCCCUGACCUUCCUGUUAGUGCUGCUCACUCUGGCCACGCUCUGCACUCGGCUGCACCGAAACUUCCGACGCGGGGAGAGCAUUUACUGGGAGCCCACAGCGGACAGCCAGGACACGGUGGCUGCUGUGCUGAAGCGGAGGCUGCUGAUGCCCCCCCGCCGGGUCAAGCGCUCCCGCCGGAGACCCCUGCUCUCGCCCACCCCGGACAGCGGCUCAGAUGGGGACAGUUCCGACUGACGUGUCCCAGCCCUGCCCCUCUGUCAGGUUUGCUUUGUCACCCGGGAGGCCGCGACCUCUGCCACGUGGACCCUGCGCCGGACCGCCCCCUGGUGGCCAGACGGAGCAGUCCCGCCUGAGCAUCGCGAAGGGGCUUGUCCCUGUGGUGUGGUUUGCUUCUCGCGGUGGGGAAAGGGGCCCUUUCGGCCUCCCUUGCCUGUGUUUCUAAUUAAAUUAUUUUGGUAGAA